UACUGCUACGCGGCGCCGCACACUUUCCCGAGUUCCGAGAGCCGGAGUCGCCGCGCCUGCUUGCCCUUAAAGGGCCCGCAUCCCAGAAAAACUCGCUGGGCCGCGCGGCGUCUGGUGGCUACCAACUAUCACGCCCCUCACCCUCAGACUCUCCUCCCUUCGCGGCCGCCCGGCCGCCGGCUUCCCCAUCCUUCCUCCCUCCCCUUUCCCGGCGUCUCCAGGCUCCCAGCAACCAGCCGCUCCCUCGCUCCCCGCCCCGGCGGGCGGCCGCAGGGUCUCCGGGCCGUGCUCGGCCUCUCGUGAGCUGGGACCCCUUCCCGGAGCCGGUACCCCACACUCUCCCCUCCCCCUCCCCGCUGCCCCCUUCCCUCCCGGGCCUCUGGGAGCGUCUGUGCAGUUCCAGGGAGGGGACGUUUCCUAAUCUCAGGCCGGGGUUAAAGUUCUGGUCCUGGUGAGAUGCUGGAAGCUGCGGCCGGAGCCGCAACCUGUCCCGGAGGUGUCCUGUUGCCUGUCUCUGCCGCCGCCACCACCUCUACCGCUGCCCCUGCCGCCCUGCCAGGGCCAUGUUCGCUCUGGGUUUGCCCUUCUUGGCGCUCCUGGUGGCCUUGGUCGAGAGCCAUCUGGGGAUUCUGGGGCCCAAGAAUGUCUCGCAGAAAGACGCCGAGUUUGAACGCACCUACGUGGAUGAGGUCAACAGCGAGCUGGUCAACAUCUACACCUUCAACCACACUGUGACCCGGAACCGGACAGAAGGCGUGCGUGUGUCCGUGAAUGUACUGAAUAAGCAGAAGGGGGCUCCUUUGCUGUUCGUGGUUCGGCAGAAGGAGGCGGUGGUAUCCUUCCAGGUGCCCCUAAUCCUGCGAGGGCUGUAUCAGCGCAAGUACCUCUAUCAAAAGGUGGAACGAACGCUGUGUCAGCCCCCCACUAAGAAUGAGUCUGAGAUCCAGUUCUUCUACGUGGACGUGUCCACCCUGUCACCAGUGAACACCACGUACCAGCUCCGGGUCAACCGAAUGGACGACUUUGUGCUCAGGACUGGGGAGCAGUUUAGCUUCAAUACCACAGCAGCCCAGCCUCAGUACUUCAAGUAUGAGUUCCCAGAGGGAGUGGACUCGGUGAUUGUCAAAGUGACCUCCAACAAGGCCUUCCCCUGCUCAGUCAUCUCUAUCCAGGAUGUCCUGUGCCCCGUCUAUGACCUAGACAACAAUGUCGCCUUCAUCGGCAUGUACCAGACUAUGACCAAGAAGGCAGCCAUCACUGUGCAGCGCAAAGACUUCCCCAGCAACAGCUUCUAUGUGGUGGUGGUGGUGAAGACAGAAGACCAGGCCUGUGGCGGUUCCUUGCCUUUCUACCCUUUUGUAGAAGAUGAACCGGUCGAUCAAGGGCACCGCCAGAAAACCCUGUCAGUGCUGGUGUCUCGAGCAGUCACAUCUGAGGCCUAUGUAGGUGGGAUGCUCUUUUGCCUGGGCAUAUUUCUCUCCUUCUACCUGCUGACCAUCCUCCUGGCCUGUUGGGAGAACUGGAGGCAGAGGAAGAAGACCCUUCUGGUGGCUGUGGACCGAAUCUGCCCAGAAAGUGCUUCUCUCCUUGGUCACCCUCGGGUCCUGGCCAACUCCUUCCCUGGCAGCUCCCCUUAUGAGGGUUACAACUACGGCUCCUUUGACAACUGUUCCGGGUCCACCGAGGGUCUGGUUGACAGCAUGAGCACGGGGGAUCUCUCCUACAGUUACCAGGGGCACGACCAGUUCAAGCGGCGCCUCCCCUUUGGCCAGAUGCGGCAGCUGUGCAUUGCCAUGGACCGUUCCCUUGACCCUGUGGGCACGCGACCACGACUGGACUCCAUGAGCUCUGUGGAGGAGGAUGAUUAUGACACAUUGACCGACAUCGAAUCGGACAAGAAUGUCAUUCGCACCAAGCAAUACCUCUAUGUGGCCGACCUGGCACGCAAGGACAAACGGGUUCUGCGGAAAAAGUACCAGAUCUACUUUUGGAACAUCGCCACCAUUGCCGUCUUCUAUGCGCUUCCUGUGGUGCAGCUGGUGAUCACCUACCAGACGGUGGUGAAUGUCACAGGGAAUCAGGACAUCUGCUACUACAACUUCCUCUGUGCCCACCCACUGGGCAACCUCAGCGCCUUCAACAACAUUCUCAGCAACCUGGGGUACAUCCUGCUGGGGCUUCUCUUCUUACUCAUCAUCCUGCAGCGGGAGAUCAACCACAACCGAGCCCUGCUGCGUAAUGACCUCUACGCCCUGGAAUGUGGGAUCCCCAAACACUUUGGCCUGUUCUAUGCCAUGGGUACAGCCCUGAUGAUGGAGGGGUUGCUGAGUGCUUGCUAUCACGUUUGCCCCAACUAUACCAAUUUCCAGUUUGACACGUCAUUCAUGUAUAUGAUCGCCGGGCUGUGCAUGCUCAAACUCUACCAGAAGCGGCACCCGGACAUCAACGCCAGUGCCUACAGUGCCUACGCCUGCUUGGCCAUCGUCAUCUUCUUUUCUGUGCUGGGUGUGGUGUUUGGCAAAGGGAACACGGCGUUCUGGAUUAUCUUCUCGGUCAUUCACAUCAUCUCCACGCUGCUCCUCAGCAUACAGCUCUAUUACAUGGGCCGCUGGAAGCUGGACUCAGGGAUUUGCCGUCGCAUCCUCCACGUGCUCUACACAGACUGCAUCCGGCAGUGCAGCGGGCCGCUCUACGUGGACCGUAUGGUGCUGCUGGUCAUGGGGAACAUUAUCAACUGGUCACUGGCCGCCUAUGGGCUCAUCAUGCGCCCCAAUGAUUUUGCCUCCUACUUACUGGCCAUCGGCAUCUGCAACCUGCUGCUUUACUUUGCCUUCUACAUCAUUAUGAAGCUCCGCAGCGGGGAAAGGAUCAAGCUCAUCCCCCUGCUCUGCAUCGUCUGCACCUCGGUGGUCUGGGGCUUUGCACUCUUCUUCUUCUUCCAAGGACUCAGCACCUGGCAGAAAACCCCUGCCGAGUCGCGGGAGCACAACCGGGACUGCAUCCUCCUUGACUUCUUUGACGACCACGACAUCUGGCACUUCCUCUCCUCCAUCGCCAUGUUUGGGUCAUUCCUGGUGUUGCUGACACUGGACGACGACUUGGACACGGUGCAGCGGGAUAAGAUCUAUGUCUUCUAGCGGGAGCCAGGCCCCUUGCUUCACCUGUGGGGCCCAGAGCUCCUCUGCCUCACUGCCCGGAGCCUCUGUAGCACCAGGGGUGUGAGGCCCAGCCCUGCUGCCCAGGGCUGGGUGGCUGUGGGACAGCGAGCCCGAGCCCAGGCUUGGCCUGGGACAGUCACAGGAGUGGCCUUGAACCUUGUAGCUGCUGUCUGCCAGGGAGGAGGCCUGCUCCCCUGAGACUCCUGAUGCUGGCCAAAUUGCUGCUUUCUUCUCAGUGUUUGGGCCUUCCGCGGUCCCUGUCCUUGACUCUCUCCAUUUGUCCCUCUGCAGGAGGAAGGGGGAAAGUGUUGCCCUGCCCAUCUCAUGCCUGACGUUCUGCCCGUCCUUCCCCCUCCCUCAGCCUGGUCCCCAAAGCCCUUUCUUCCUCAGUCUGGGGCCUAACUCUCUGUCCUGCACCAGGGCCUCACUUCUCUUUGAGGCUGUACCUGGCUGCCAUCACUGCCCACUCUGGUCAGCCAGGAUAGAUGGGGGGUGUAGAAUUUUGGGGGCUGGCCAGCUGGUGCCAGGCUUUUGGUGCUAAGACCUGUGAAGGUCCCUGGCUGGCUCUUCGGCAAUGAGGGUCAGCCCUAUGUGAGAACGGCCUUUGAUCUGAGGGGCUGAAUUCGGAGGUCACCUUCCUAUUCUGUCAGCCUCCAGACUGACACUGGCACCAGGAUUGGAAAGAAAAAGCAACUCACCCUUUUUCUUCCUUUUUCUCUCCAGGCUCUUAGUCCUGCCAAGCCCCAGCUGGGGGCCUUUCAGUGCCAUUGACAUUACCCAAGAAUGGCCAAGGGUGAAGGAGGGAGGAUACGAAGAGCCCAGCCCAUCCUGCCUCCUCCACGGCCACCAGUGGAGCCCCAGUGCCUAUCUUAGAAAGGGGCUCAAGAAAGGGACAUGACAUUUCCCUGUAUGUCCCUGGUUCCAGCCUCACUCUAGGACCUAGGGCUGGCUCCUAAGUUUCCGUCCUUCUUCAGCCAAGUUCUGUGUUUGUCACACACAUACGUAUAUAUGAAACCUUGGAGUUUACACUGAGUGGCCCCAGCUCUGGGACCCCUGGCUGCUCUGGUCCUGGGCGCCUCUUUGCCCUACACGGCCCAUUCCAGAUGCCAAGGUUGGGGAGGUCAGGUCGGGCCUCCGCCUCCCAGAUGGAAAUGUGUUUUAUUCUCCCCAACUCGUUUUUAGCUCUCCCUUGGGCUGAGGAGAGGAGAUGGGUCUGGAUGUUUUUUAAGAACUCCGUUUAAUGUCUAUUUCCACGCUAUGGUUGCAUUUCUGUUUUCUACGAAAGAGUUUGCAUUCAAUUAAAGAAACAACCAGA